AUGGAUUCAAUUGCUGAUGAGGGUCCAUUUGUCAUUUAUACAGUAGAUGGAAGCCGAUUCGUGAUUCCACUGGCCUUUCUUAAUCGACACAUCUUUCAGGAGAUACUUUUGGUAGCCGAAGAAGAGUUUGGAUUCAUAGGAUGCUGCCCUUUUACUGUGCCUUGCGAGUCAUUUGUGAUGGAGUACAUGGUCUCCUUGUUGAACAAGAAUGCUUCAAAGGAGGUGGAGAAGGCAUUGGUUUCCAUGGCAUGCUGCAGAGCCUCUCAUCCUUCUCUAGUGCCUCAUCAAGUCGUUUCAGAGCCUAUGAUUCUCCAUGGCUUUUGA